UUUUAGCCGUAUUCUAUGUAGCUUGAGAAAAGAACGCUGGCAGGUUCGAGUCAGCCCCAUACGUAUUGAGAGAGUAGUGCGUAUAUAAUAUUCGCGUGCCAUCAAAAUUUGAUUCGAGAACGUGUUGUUGACUUUUUUACGGUGGAAAAAACGUCGAACCCAUUAAUCAUCCGGACAGAAAUCGGACCGCAGGCUGUUGUGAUUUUCCUCUCCGUCAGAAAGCGUUAACUACAACCAUGCUAUUUCGCGUACGCUGUCUGCAGGCGCAACACCUGCAGCGCGUCUGCUUCUCGUCGCGUAUCGCUCCCAAGAUCAAGGAUCUGCCCAAGGAUGCCUCGGGGAAGAUUGUCAGUGCGGGUAUGCUGGUGCAGGAUAAGGACAGCAACAAUGUCAGCCCUGAUAUUCUGGCCAAACGUGCCGAUCCCCACUGGACUCCGACGUACCCGUCGCCGCCUAGUCGGGAUCCCAUUGAUCUGACGUUUGAGAACUAUCAGCAGUGUUACAAGAGUAAGACCACGGGAGAAAUCAUUCGGGCGUUGUUUGUGCUGAAUUUGUGCCGCAUCACCUGGCUGGUGGAUAAUAAUCCCAAGCUCAUUCGACUGGGGAAAAAAUUUCUGGGCAAACGCCUCUUCGAAAAAAUCAUGAAAUCCACAUUUUACGGGCAUUUCGUGGCGGGUGAAGAUCCGGAGAAGAUCAAACCCGCAGUGGAGAGGAUGCGCCAGUUUGGAGUGAAAUCCAUUCUGGAUUACAGUGCGGAAGAAGACGUCCCAACCGAGACGGCUGUGGAACAGGAAUUCAAGAUUGUACCGACGGCAGUGGAGAAAUCUACCGGGGAUUCGUCUUCACAGCCACUAAAACAGUACGUUCCUUCCAAACAGUUCGGAGAUCGUCGCCGCGAUGUUAUUAGCGCUCGCACAUAUCUGUAUGAGAACGAAGCACAAUGCGAGAAAAACAUGGCAACAUUUCUCAAGUGCAUCGACGCCGUUUCCGGCACAACCCACAGUACCGGGUUUGCGGCUAUCAAAUUAACGGCUCUGGGUCGACCAGAGCUUUUGAUGCGGUUAUCGGCAGCUCUAGUAGAAUCUCGCCGCUACUUUAAUCAAAUAUUGGGAUACCCUGACCUGGAAGAGUAUAUUAUUUUAAGGAAAACUAAAGUUGAAGAUUUCAAGAAGCGUUUGUUGCAUCAAGGGGUCGAUCUGAAUAAGCCGGAAGUGGUGGAUUGGUUAUCUCACAUUGACACCAACAAAGAUGGUGUGGUGGAUCUGUUCGAGUGGGGUGACCUUAUUGACAAUGCUAAGCAGUUUGACCGGUUGCUCCGUGUACCGUUGCCGAUCAAGGGCGGAGUACAGUUCAAAUCCCUGAUUUCCAAAUUUACCCCUGAAGACGAAGAGAUGUUCCGAAAUAUGAUGCGUCGAUUAAAGAUCAUUACUGAGCAUGCCAUAUCGAAGGAAGUACGGAUGAUGAUCGACGCAGAACAAACAUACUUCCAACCGGCCAUCAGUCGUUUGACGGUUGAAUUAAUGAGAAGAUACAAUCGGGAAAAAGCAUACAUAUUCAACACGUAUCAGUGCUACUUGAAGGAUGCGUACCGUAUGAUAAUAACUCAUCUUGAGCUCAGUCGCAAGGAAGAUUUCUUUUUCGGUGCGAAAAUUGUUCGAGGAGCAUACAUGAAACAGGAACGCGAUCGAGCGGCGGCAUUAGGUUAUCCCGAUCCUAUUAAUCCUGAUUUCGAAGCAACUACGAAAAUGUAUGAAAAGGUCGUCACGACUGCGCUGGAAGAAGUGAAGGCGCGCGGCAUUGCCGAACGAAAAGUUGCCAUCAUGAUGGCCACCCAUAAUGAGGACACCGUGCGAUUUACAGUUAAAAAGAUGGAGGAACUCGGUAUCAAGCCAGCUGAUCGGGUAGUUUGCUUCGGGCAGCUGUACGGCAUGUGCGAUCAGAUCAGUUUCAAUCUCGGCCAAGCGGGCUACAGUAUUUACAAGUAUGUACCGUACGGUGAAGUCCUAGAAGUGCUGCCGUAUCUGUCGCGGCGGGCACUGGAGAAUCGCGGUGUCCUGGAAAAGACAGCCAAGGAGCGCCGGUUAUUGGGUGCGGAGCUGAAACGGCGCUUAUUAUCUGGACAGUGGUCAUAUCAGCCCCGGGGCGAUUAUUGGCCGGUGUAGAGUUCUCCCGGAGCGUUUCCAAAUGGGUGUGUCAUAAUCAUCGUCUUUCCAGUUCGGGGUUGCAUGUUGUCAGUGUUGGAGAAUUUUGUUUGAACUGUUGCGGAUUAAUCUGAGAAAUUGGAAUUCUCUUCCGCUACCAUCUCUCGGGAAUUUGUUUGUUUUUGCGAUAUUUCAUUCUCGGGAAUUUAUUUCUCAUUUUGUUGUUAAUUUGAGUGCCGUGUGUGGAUUGGCAGAACGCGGGAAUCUGUGUGUGUUUCUCGAAAAGAGUCUCUUUGCUGAUUGUGGAUACAGAUUAGCACAAAAUGUCGGGCCGAUGCGGAGAGAUGUUGCGGGUGUACAAUAAAACAAGUCUUGGUGG